UGUUGAAUGAAAUAUUGUUUGUAAACAAAAGCAUUGAAUAAUUGUUUAACAGUUUUGUGAUUCAAUUGAAACUAAUAAUGAGUUUAAUUAGAAAUAAAUUGUUAUUUCAUUUCAAUAUAAAUGUAAUGAAAAUGUUUGCGCGAAAUAUAAGCGUCUCGUCAGUGAAUCGAUUGAAACAAAUCCAAUACCAGGAACGGGAGGACACCAUAACCGUGGAAGCGGUCAAAGUGACGUCCGAUCGGAAGGACAAACUCAUCCACAAGACAGACACCCAUAAGGAUUGCUGUCCCUUAUGUCGACUAAACCUAAGACGUCUCGAUUAUACCGACGUACUGAUCCUCAAGCAGUUCGUGGAGUCUUCGGGCAAAGUAAUGCCUCAAUCGAUAACUGGUUUGUGUAGUCGUAUGCAUAACCGAGUGAUACAACUGGUGAAGAAGGCCCAGACGUGUCAACUACUGCCGCGACCGCAUGACUACCAGUCGUACGGCCCGUGGGAUCAGUUGAACACAUACUACGAGUGGCCCCGACGUAGGAGAGAUCAACCCAUGGAAAUCAUUGAACCCAAGUACUGGGCCUCCGAUUACCAGCAAAACAAGUUGUGA